AUGGCAUCUUUUACUUGCCCGCUAUGUUCGCCGUAUCGGGAUUUCAACACUCUUACGAAAAUCUUCAAACAUAUCACACUCUACCAUCAGAACGAUCCAAACUUCGGUAUCGUUUGUGAUUUACGUAAUACAUGCGGUGUCUUAUAUCGGAGCUACUCAGCAUACAAGUCUCACAUUUACCGGCAACACUUGGAUGAGCUUCAAUCGGUGGAAAUGUCUGACAGCAGAAUAAAUGCGAUUCCUGUUGAUAAUCGACAACAACAUGACACGGAUUUUGAUGUUGGACAUGCUGGGAUAAAUGACAACGAUCAUGAAUCAAUACUAUUGAACGUUGACUAUGAAGAAACGUUUCUUGAAGAAGCAUUAUCAUCACCUACUAGUGGUAUGGAAAGUUUCGAUUCAAUUGUCGAUAUUAGAAAAACAUAUCUAUCGUUUCUUUUACAACUGCGCGAAGAAUUCUUGCUUCCUAAAAAUGUCAUGCACACUAUUUCUAGUUAUAUUGUGACGCUGUUAAACCAUACGCAGAGUUUAUUGGGGAAUAAGACGAUUAGUUGUUCUGCACAUAUUUGCUCCUGUUUGUCAUCAACGUCUUGCAAAGUGAAAGAUAAGGAAAUCAUUGAAUUUGAUGAAGUAAAACAUACAUUAAAUGAUGUUUGUAUUGCGAUUGAGUCAAUCAAUAAGAAUGAAUAUCAACUGAUCAAAUAUUGUGAAGAGUAUUUUGGAUAUAGUGUACCUGAAGAAAUUGUUGUUUCAUUGCCUGGUGAAAAUUUGGAUCGAGGUUAUUUUAUUCCGGUCGACAAAACUUUAACUUCAAUGUUCAGUUCUCAUUCGUUCGUUGCUCAAAUUCUCGAAAACAUUCAAAGACAACAAACACUAGCAGAAAAUGAUCCAGAUUUAAUGUUUUCCAUUCGAGAUGCAUACAACGGUGGCAGAAUCGAUCAUGACAGUAUAUUACUACAGGUUUACAUGGAUGAUAUAGGACUGACUAAUCCAAUCGGAUCCAAACGUGACCACCAUAAGUUGUCUAUGGUUUACUUUUCGAUUGAAGACGUACCGGAUCAAUAUCGAUCAAAGAUCGAUAACAUUCAACUACUCGCCAUUUGUGAUAGCAAAAUUCUGAAGGAUUGCGAUAAAGCAAAACGCUUUUUUCAACCAAUUGUUGAUAAUUUGAAUUGGAUUCAAUUUCACGGGCUUUCGAUCAAUGGUGUUCAUCUCAAAUUUUCAUUCUCAACAGUCGUGUCCGACAAUCUUGCUGCUCAUAUGAUCGGGGGAUUUCAAUCAUGCUUCAGUGCUGGAUAUUUUUGUCGCCGAUGUUACAUUCCGUAUACCGAAAAGAACUCGCUAACCGCAAUGUCAACAACCAAGCGUCGAACGACAAUCGAUCAUGAUGAGUUAGUUCAAGAGCUACUUGUGAACCCCAACAAAUCUCCUUUGAUGGGUGUUAUUGGGUCAAGCCCACUAUGUGAACUCAUUGGUUUUCAUCCAACACACUCCUUGCCUGGUGAUAUCAUGCAUGACUUUUUGGAAGGAGUAUGCCCGAUGGUUAUCAUGUGUCUUUUGAAACAAGCAUCAUCAAUGCGUCUGAUAACAUACGGUGAGAGCUCGUAA